GUCGGAACGUUAUAAUGUUUAUUUGAAUUAAAAAAAAAAUGCAAGUUCAUUGGCCCCCCUUUUUGAUUCUCGUCCAGUUGAAUCACACCAGCUUUUCCUCUAGAUCGGUAGUCUAGGAGUAGAGCUAACUAUUCCCAGCCAUAAACGCAAAACCACUAUCACAAAAUACCUGCCAAAGAGAAGUGAAGAAAACAAAAAAAAACUACAUUUCCAACAUGAAAAUCUCAAACGCAUUUGGUCACAUGGCAUCGGUGUUGGUGUUAUGUUGCCUAUUAACGGUGGUUUUAGCAGAAACCCAAGUCACAAAACACCAAUCGUCACAACAUUUACGCUACGAUCAGCAUCAUAACCGCAAUGGACAUCGUCAUCAUCAUCCGCAUCUGCAUUCACCGCAUCAUCAUACGCAGCAACAGCAACAAAAUCUGCCAACAAACAAACAGAGGCAUCACAUAACCACAAUGACAAGCUCAUCGUCAGCCUCAUCAGCGCCUUCCAUCAGCUCCAGCUCGUACUCCUCCAGGCAACCGAGGAAAUUGGAAACAAAAUCUCUAACAUCCCAAGUGGAACUGAUCGAUGUCAAGAAUAUACCAAAGAACAACAACAACAAUAUUGCAGCAAAUUCAACAACUUCCACUAAACUGAAGCGUCUACAUGACAUCGAUUUUUAUAAUCGGGCGGUACAGAGACGUUUAAAUACGCGCCGUAAUGCACGAGAUGAAUGGGCCUACAACACCUAUAAUAUAUACACCAAUACUUUUAGCUCAUCGCUGCCCUCAAAUCAUGCCUCUGGCAAAGGAGAUGAUAACAGUGAUGAUGUGGAAUUUGUUACAGCCACUGGCAAACGUAUAAUUCCCGAUUGGACUAGGCGCAGUGGUUAUGUGCCGCCAAGAAGGACUUCCACCACAACUACAACACUACCACCACCUGCUUUGGUUCCAGCUAGACGAGGAUAUCCUGUGGCACCUGUUACGGAGUCGCCGCCACCGGCAAGUCCAACAACAGAAGACCCCUUUGAGACGAAUACGAUUAGCAGAAAUCCUCCUCUAGAUGGCAAGGAUAUGGAAAAACGUCACAUUUGCGUGCAACAGCGUACCGUCACAAUGCCAGUGAAGACAACCGAAGUCUAUAGUCGGCCAAUUUGGAAACAUGUCAGUACACCAUGUCAACCGCAAACGCAUGCGAAUCAAAUGUGUACACGCGUUCAGUUGGUGCACGAACAGGCGUAUCGCGACGUCAUACGUCACAAAUCAGCGCAACAGGUCAUCUACGAUUGUUGUACGGGCUGGAUGCGUGAAUCACCGCAUGCGGAUGGCUGCAUGAAACCUGUUUGCAAUGCUCGUUGUCAGAAUGGAGGCACAUGUACAGGCCAUGAUACUUGUAGCUGUCCAGCCGGCUUCACGGGGCGCUAUUGUGAGCAGGACAUAGACGAAUGCAGGGAAGAGAAACCCUGCGAUCAAACCUGUAUCAAUACAGUGGGCUCAUAUUAUUGCAAAUGUCGCGAAGGCUUUACGUUGCAAGGUGAUCAACAAAGUUGUAAGAAAAAUGAUUUACACCACGAUGAUGCUUUCGAAGCCAGAGACUUGGAAAAUGAAAUUGAGACCCAGGAAGAUAUAACGGCACGUUUACAGAAAAUCGAAAAGCAAUUGGCCAAUGAGAAAGUGCAAUCGAAUGAAUUACAGAAGACAUUACAGUCCACAUACACCAUGGUUGAUUCGUUAAAGAAUCGUUUAGUUAAUUUGGAAAAACAACAAUUGGAUUACAACCGUUUACAAACAAAUCUCUACAAUACAGAAACACGCACCAUGAAAUUGGAAGGAAUGCUGAAUCUCUUAAUGAAAUGUCGAAACACCGUGGGACCCACAGCCAAUUGUCCUUGAGCGAAGUGAGGAGACUGCUGCUGGCUGCUGUUAAAACUCUUCAUGGGAUGAUUUUUUUAGGCUCAGAAUUAUCACAAAACAACAGAACUGCAUUUUAUUUGUUAAGAAUUCGCUUAAGAAUAAACAAUUUUAAGUUUUAGGUUAAAUACGCUCACAAAAUAUCUUCAAAGCCAUUUAUACUUUCUUAUGGUCCCAUCAUUUACUCAUUCACUAACCUUCCUGCAAUGCUUGAUAGGGUGUAUGUUUUUUUUUUUCUAGAUUUUGUAGCCCCAGAUACAAGAUUCACUAAUAGAAGGUUAGGUCAUCAAGUGGAUAGAUCCCAUGAACAUUAUUAAGGAUGUCAAAUCUGCCGAUUCAAAAUGUCAUCAUAUAGGAGAAUAAGUAAACAAAGAAUGAUUGUAAAAAAAGAGAACAAGCUGACAUCCCCAAUGCCAAGUACUGUCAAAAGCUAAAAAAAAAAUUAAGUCAGCUGAUUGCUUGGCUUAACCUUAUUAAGUAAAUCCUGCCCCAGAUUUCGUUAAUGGCAAUUGUCGUCAUUUCACCAUCAUGGAGUGUUAAUACUCCAUGCAAUAACAUUUCUGAGAAAUUCUGGCAACUACAAAUAUUUCCCCUUUGAUUUGUAUGCGCUGAUGCCAUUUUGUGGUUGCCAAACUUGUAGAAAAAAUUUAGUCUACAAUUCAAGGCAGAUUUAAAAAAGGUAGUCUCACGCGAACAGCUGUUAACAGCCGGCCAGGUUUGAUGGUAUUAAGAUGUCAGAUUUUUGUUGCAUUCGCUUUGUUGUUAUCUUCUUUCUCGCUGUUGAAACUCUGAGCUCCAAUUUUUUGGCAUUACGAAAAGCUUAGCCGAGAGCUACCGCGCGAGUCCACAGGUUGCGGUUAGUGCAAGGCUUCCUAUACGGAAUAGCUGCAAUUGCAGACGCGGACAAUCAGCGGUAUCGAAGGGAAAAUAUCCGUGUGAGGCCAGACAACAACGGCUAUUGCUUAAAUACUGAGUGCCUGUGAUACUCGCAGUGACAAGGCGUCUGUUGAUAACCAAUGGCAAAAACUUUCCCGUGGCGAUCGGUGACCGGAACAAGUUUGAUGAGAAUCGACAUAGCGAUACAAAUGUGGCUACAACAUCAGCAACAACAACUGAUUUCGAAAACUGUGAAUCCCUUCCCAGAAUUUCUUCUGCGUCUAUCGUUAGAGCACAUAGCUCUGACUGAAAUGUUGUGUGUGUCGUAGUAUGGUCCCAAUCCAGUCCCUGUCUUCUGAAACUCUCCUCAGUCUGCCCACCGCAUCCAUAGUGUCCAGAAGGGAAACUUGGCCGUAUUCUGUCUCCCCAUGAGGCUCAGGGCGGUGACUGUCGACCCAUCUCCUCGUUGUUAAGAGCCGUUGUGGAGGGCCGUCUUCUACGACCUGCCCUUGAGUUAUGUAUGAAGUUCUUCGACGUCAGACCCCCUCUCGCCUUCAAGUCAUUUUUAUACCCACCACCGAAAGAUGGGGGUAUAUUUAUUUUGUCAUUCCGUUUGCAUGUCUAUUUCCGACCCUAUAAAGUAUAUAUAUUUCUGGUCGGGGUAAAAAUCCAAGUCCGUCCGUCUGUCUGUUGAAAUCACGCUACAGUCUUUACAAAUAGAGAUAUUAAGUUGAAACUUUGCACAAUUUUUUUUUUGUCCAUAAGCAGGUGAAGUUCAAAGAUGGGCUAUUUUGGACUAUAUCUUGAUAUCGCCCCCUUAUAGACCGAUCCGCCGAUUUAGGGUCUUAGGGCCAUAAAAGCCACAUUUAUUAUCUGAUUUUGCUAAAAUUUGGGACAGUGAGUUGUGUUAGGCUAGUCGAUAUCCCACUUCAAUUUCGCCCAGAUCGGUUCAGAUUUAGAUAUAGCUGCCAUAUAGACCGAUCCGCAGAUUUAGGGUCUUAGGCCCAUAAAAGGCACAUUUAUUAUCCGAUUUUGCUGAAAAUUGGGACAGUGAGUUGUGUUAGGCCCUUCGACAUCUUUCUUCAAUUUGGCUCAGAUCGGUUCAGAUUUGGAUAUAGCUGCCAUAUAGACCGAUGUCUCGAUUUAAGAUUUUGGCCCCAUAAAACGUGCAUUUAUUGUCCGAUUUCGCCGAAAUUUGGGACAGUGAGUUGUGUUGGACCCUUCAACCUUCUUCUUCAAUUUGGCUCAGAUCGGUCUAGAUUUGGAUAAAGCUGCCAUAUAGACCGAUAUCUCGAUUUAAGAUUUUGGGCCCAUAAAAGGCGCAUUUAUUGUCCGAUGUCGCCGAAAUUUGGGAAAGUGAGUUGUGUUGGACCCUUCAACCUUCUUCUUCAAUUUGGCUUAGAUCGGUCCAGAUUUGGAUAUAGCUGCCAUAUAGAUCGAUCUCUCGAUUUAAAAGGCGCAUUUAUUGUCAGAUUUCGCCAAAAUUUGGGACAGUUAGUUGAGUUACGACUUUCGACAUCCCUCUUCAAUUUGGCCCAGAUCGGUUCAGAUUUGGAUAUAGCUGCCGUAUAGACCGAUCUCUCGAUUUAAGGUCUUGCGCCCAUAAAAGCCGCAUUUAUUGUCCAAAGUCGCCGAAAUUUGGGACAGUGAGUUGUAUUAGGCCCUUCGACAUCCUUCUUCAAUUUGGCUCAGAUCGGUCCAGAUUUGGAUACAGCUGCCAUAUAGACCGAUCUCUCGAUUUAAGGUUUUGGGCCCAUAAAAGCCGCAUUUAUUGUCCGAUGUCGCCGAAAUUUGGGACAGUAAGUUAGGUUAAGCCCCUCGACAUACUACUGCAAUAUGGCACAGAUCGGUCUAGAUUUGGAUAUAGCUGCCAUAUAGACCGAUCUCUCGAUUUAAGGUUUUGGGCCCAUAAAAGCCCCGAAGUCCUCGAAAUUUGGGACAGUGAGUUAAACUAAGCCCCUCGACAUACUUCUGCAAUAUGGCACAGAUCGGACCAGAUUUGGAUAUAGCUGCCAUAUAAACUGAUCUCUCGAUUUAAGGUCUUGGACCCAUAAAUGGACCCGAAAUUCGGAACAGUGAGUUAUGUUAAGCUCCUCGAUAUACUUCUGCAUAUAUAGCUGUCAUAUAAACCGAUCUCUCGAUUUAAGGUUUUGGGGCCAUAAAAGGCGCAUUUAUAAUCCGAUUUCACUGAAAUUUGACACAGUGACUUAUGUUAGGCUUUUCGACAUCCGUGUCGUAUAUGGCUCAGAUCGUUUUUUUUAAACUUUUUUUGAUCGAAUUUUUAUGCGACCUUUUCAAAAAUCUCAAUGGUAACCCUGUUUUAAACUAUCAACAAAACUAACAAGAUAACAAUUUUCCAUCCCUGAUCGUUUCUAAAGCAACACCGCAGCAUCAUCACACAUGAUUUGAUUGAAUGCUUAUGAUUGUUGUGCCAUUUCAGGUGUUAGCUGUCUCUCUCUACGAAAUGCAUAAAGGCAAACGAUGUUAUACGACGAAUCAGUCAAACGAACAAACAUCUAAACGUCCAAAUGAGUGUCAUGACUUUUAUUCAUAUGCCUCAUGAGAGUGUACCGAGGGCUGUUACUGAGUUGAUUUUAGUUUGCAUUAUGUGUUGACUUCCAUUUUUUUUUUGGAGAAUAACGGAAAUCAAAAAAAAAAUGACACCGCUUGCAGUUCUCUGGCUGCAAUUGAAAAUUUCGCCAGAGGUGCAUACCCAGCUUAAGAGAAAAAAAAAAUUCCUGACAUUUGUUAACAUUCACAAUAGGCAGAUGUGGCAUCCUUAAUAAUGUUCAUGGGGCCUAUCCACGUUAUGUUUUCCCAAUUGACCUAACCUUCAAUUAGUGAAUCCUGACAAACACCGUUCACAGUUCCAAGGCAAUCCUAUGGUAGGCGGUUGUACGUACCGGAUUGGACCAAUGGAGCCCUUCUUCGCUUCAAUGUCCAACACAUUGCUGCAACAACAGAUUCAAGGCAAGGAAAAAGGAAGUUUUGAGAUUUUUUACCGGAACUUGGGCUAUACAAUUUCCCUUGUAAUCUGUACUUAUACAUUGCCCAGAUGGGUCAAUGUUUUUAAUGUCGCAUUCCCUAACCCAAUUUUUUAUUACUUCCAACUCCAUUCAUGAGAUGUUGAAAGAAAAAAACCCGAAAUAUUUUUUGUAUGUAUCAAAACUUGCGUUUUUUGCAUGCAUGUGUGGUUAGACUUUAAGACAAUAAUCUAUCAAAUA